CCCGUGCAACACAACAGGACGCGCACACGAUAAAACAAUGAGAUAAAAGCAGACACGGGGAAGAAACAAAGGAAAAACAGAGACGGAGAUUAAGACGAAUUGCCUUCCGGUUCUUGGAAUAGCAUUGCACAGGAGAAAACAACCGCACGCGAUCCUUUUCUCGCUUUCAAAACUUGUGGAAAUGGAAACACGCGCUGGGCUGAGACUGUGCGUAAUGUGGACCAGCUCUCUGACCGUAUGAGAAUACUUACCUCUGGUGUGCUAAGGAUCCCUUGGUAGCGGCGAGCUGAGCUGUUUUGGGGGAAAUGCACGGACAGAAAAUGUAUCCAAGAUGGAUGUGAUCCAGCCGUCUCCAGUUGUGACCAACUCAUCCGAGGAUGCCACCAGCACAAGCGCCCCGAGGACCUCACCUCACUCGCUGGCAGCGGCAGCAUUCAUUAUACUGGUGGUGACCAUCAUUAUUUUGGUGACUAUCGUGGGCAACGUGCUGGUAGUUGUGGCUGUUUUCACAAGCCGGGCUCUCCGCGCGCCUCAGAAUCUGUUUUUGGUUUCUUUGGCGUCCGCGGACAUCCUUGUGGCUACGUUGGUCAUUCCAUUCUCUCUGGCCAACGAGGUUAUGGGAUACUGGUAUUUCGGGAGUACAUGGUGCGCCUUCUACCUGGCGUUGGAUGUCCUCUUCUGCACGUCCUCUAUCGUCCACCUUUGUGCGAUUAGCCUGGAUAGGUACUGGUCUGUAACUAAAGCGGUCAGUUACAACCUGAAAAGGACACCAAAGAGGAUCAAGUGUAUGAUCGCCGUUGUGUGGGUAAUAUCGGCGGUUAUCUCUUUUCCACCACUAAUUAUGACUGAGCACAACGAGCAUGAAUGCCUGCUAAACAAUGAGACCUGGUAUAUCCUCUCCUCGUGCCUGGUCUCCUUCUUCGCCCCUGGCGUGAUAAUGAUUCUGGUGUACUGCAAAAUUUAUAGAGUGGCUAAGCAGCGCUCUUCGACAGUUUUUGUCGCCAAAAACGGCCUGGAGAGACAGCCGUCGCAGUCGGAGACGUGUUUUGUGCGCAAGGAUAAGUUUGAGAUGGAGAGUCCAAGCAGCCAAAGUUCUGGCAGCAAUCAGCGGCAAGAAGAGCUGGACGACAUCGAUCUGGAGGAGAGUUGCGCGUCCGACAACAAACCCAGGAACUCGCGCUUCUCCAAACGGAGGAAAGUGGAAGGCUCAGACUGCUGCCCGAAACAGAGCUGCCGACUGUCGUGGGCCUCCAACCGCGCUUCGGAGCUCUUCCAGGAGCAAAAGACUAGACAGCAGGCCAUUUCCAAAACUAAAGUGGCACAGAUGCGCGAGAAGCGCUUCACUUUCGUCCUCGCUGUGGUUAUGGGGGUCUUCGUGCUAUGUUGGUUCCCUUUCUUCUUCACGUACAGCCUGCACGCAAUAUGCAGGAAAAGUUGCACAAUUCCAGACGCCCUUUUCAACCUCUUCUUCUGGAUUGGGUACUGUAAUAGUUCUGUGAAUCCUAUCAUUUAUACAAUUUUUAACCGAGACUUCCGGAAAGCAUUUAAGAAAAUCAUAUGCAGGACUGCAAAACGCACUUAAGGGAGUUUUCACUGUGUUGCCGUGUCAUAAGUUAUGCUCCUUUGUUUGUUUGAAAUUUCCUGUGUCCUUGAAACAUUAGUUUGGUAUUAAAUUUAGAGUAUGUAAAUAAUAUUUGAAUUAAGUAAAAAAGAAACAAUCAAGUGUUGUGCACACUUUAGCCAAUAUCCAGCAGAAAAGAAAGGUCUUAGACGAACAAAGGCAUUAACUUCUUUUGUAAUGUUGUCAUUGUUAAAAUACAAAGUGCAAUGCAUUCUUUUCGAAGUGUUUACAAAAUGAUAUACUUGGUAUAUAUACAUGGAGUUAACAUUAAGCAAAGCUAUAUAUAGCUUGUCA